CACCAAGAACAUUUAUUCCAACCACCUAGAACCGCUCUGCCGCGUUCAUCCGCUCUCAUCUCCAAGCCCCGAUUCCCCAGCCUGCCUUUUCAGGGGAACACAUCGACAAGAUGGCAGCAGUAUACAAGUCACUAUCAAAGAGCGCCUCCAAGGCCGGCAAGGACACGGAUGCCAAUGGCACUGUUGUUGAAAGGAAAAACAAGCAGAGGGUGCUUAUCCUUUCGUCAAGAGGCGUCACCUACAGGCAUCGUCAUCUCCUCAAUGAUCUAGCGGCGAUGCUUCCCCACGGCCGGAAAGACGUCAAGUUCGAUUCCAAGUCGAAGCUGUACCAACUCAACGAGCUAGCGGAGCUUUACAACUGCAACAACGUGCUUUUCUUCGAGGCGAGGAAAGGAAAGGAUCUGUAUAUGUGGCUUAGCAAGGUCCCCAACGGCCCGACAGUCAAGUUUCACGCCCAAAACAUGCACACAAUGGAGGAACUCCACUUUACAGGGAACUGCCUCAAGGGCUCACGACCAAUUCUUUCCUUCGACGGUGCCUUUGAGACGGAACCGCAUCUCCGCGUUAUCAAGGAGAUCUUCCUACACAUCUUCGGCGUUCCGCAAGGCGCGCGCAAGUCCAAGCCUUUCAUCGAUCACGUUAUGGGCUUCACCGUGGCCGACGGCAAGAUUUGGAUCCGCAACUACGAGGUCCGGGAGGUUGAGAAGGUCAAGGGCGAAGGCGGCGACGAGGAGGAGGAGGCGGCGAAGAGCAAGGGGCGCAAGAGCAAGGGUGGUGACAGCGACACGGACGUCAGCCUCGUUGAAAUCGGGCCGCGGUUCGUACUCACGCCGAUUAUUAUCCAGGAGGGCGCGUUUGGUGGGCCGAUCAUGUACGAGAACAAGCGGUUCAUCUCGCCGAACCAGGUCCGUUCCGACCUGCGGAAGGCGAAGGCGGGGAGGCAUGUCGCGCGGACGGAGCAGCAACGGGAUACGCUGGCGCGGAGGAGAGGUCUUGGGUUGGAGGACGGCGGGAAGAAGGACCGCAGUGGAUUAGAUACCCGCGAACUGUUUGCUUAGAGUUUGGAAUGGAUUCUGGGAUGGCGUUCUUCGGGGAGACAUAUUACUGAGUCUUGUGUGCGGAUGCCAUGAUUGUUUCGCGCGCCGGCAAAUCGUAGCUUCGACUUAAAGCCAUCCACCUUUGUCCCC